AUGGACGGCGAAGAUUCUGACACUAUUGCCCCCGGCAAUAUCUACUCCAACUCCGGCCACCUCGACUUCUCUAAGCUAUCUCGCGACGCCGAGAUGGACUCUGAGUCUCAGCUGGACUUUUCUGCGGAAGGAGACGACGAUGCCAUCGAAGUCGAACCUUCCACCGGGGAUGAUCCCCCGCGCCGGCCACGCACGCCCACCGUUCAGGAACUGAACGUGAUGUCCGAAGCCGACAUGCGUGCCUACAUCGCUGCCCGGGCUAAGGCGGACGCUGCUCAGCAGGUCAACACCGCUCAGCAGAUCCAGACUGCACUGACGGCCAACGCCGCCAACCAAGCUGCGGUCGAGGCCGAGGAAGCGCCUACGCCAACGCCUAAGGCUCGCGGUAAGAAGAAGGCGGCUGCGGCUUCUGAGAAAGCGCCCGCCACUCGCGGCAAGAAGUCGAAGCGCGUACGCGACGAGGUCGAAGACCUCGACGCCGACACGCCUCGCGCGGCGCCCGCGGCGCCUGCCGCACCUGCCAAGCGCGCCACCGUCGCUGCUGCCUCCUCGGUCGUGAAGACCGCGGGACGGUCUACUGGGGGGAAGAAAGGUACGGAGUCACCCGCGCCGGCCACACGUACCCCUAUUAAAGUUAAGGCCGAUCUUGCAGAGAAGAUCGUUGUGGCGAAGCGCACCAAGAAUCCUGCGGACAGCGCAGGGGUAACUAUCGCGCCCGGAGCUAUACCAGCGCUCCUUACGCGUAUUGAAGACCCACCAGUCAUGACGACUGAGACGGCCGAGCCUGAGCCCGCUCCUGAAUCGACACCGGAACCCGCGCCUGAGCCCGCGCCUCAGCCCGCUCCUGAGCUCGCGCCUGAGCCCGCGCCCGCGCCCGUGCCCGAACCAGUGCAACCGACGCCGAUGGUUGAAGACGCGCAAGAAGCCGACGCUCCUCGCACGAACAACAUCAAUACUGGUCGUCCUCAUCACCUUGAGAUGCGCGCCAGCGUCGCCAUUAACUGGCUCAAUCAGCUUCCCGAGGAGGAGGUGUGGCGCAAAGGGUUACGGCGGACCGAUGGCUUCCUGUGGGAGAGUCACGUCCAAGCGUACCUCACCGGCCGAUCUAUUGUCGAGGACAACUUCGGGCUGUACCUGUACGCGCUGAUGUGCGAGGACGUGACACGCUACGAGGCGGAAUUCGCACCGUUCGAGUACGACUACAACUUCCCAUGGGAGCGCAUCAGGGCCAACGAAAGCACGACGGUGGACGACAUCCGCGCACUCGCCAUUCGCAAUCGCGUCCAUCCGUGGGAGGUCUCGGCCAGUCGGCCAUGGGCGGUAGCGUUCCUCGAAUCCUACCAAUGGGAGACUGCUGCAAUCGUGAAGGACUGCCACCGCGAAACGGCACGCGCGGCAGUCGAGCGCAUGGUGAAGAACCCGUGGACAUUAUUCCUAUCCCAGCCUCUAUACAAGUCCCCUCGCUACGUCGCCGCGCUCGAGUACAUGAGGUCCCUGCGCAGCCGUCCUCCACCAAACAACCGCCCUCCACCAAACAACCGUCCUUCGCCCUACAAUAGGCCGCCUCGUAGGUUCGCGCCCGGCCAAAGGAACGCCGCGGCUUCGUCUUCUUCGGCUUAA